GCGCGCGUGGACUAAUUAUUUAUAAAGUUUUUCGCGCGAUACUGCGGCACUUCGGGUUUAUAAAACCCAUGAUAUGAGUUCCCAUUCAGAGGGAUUCCCGUGGAUUCAGCACCCCGAGUCGACGAGUAGAACGCACGCGUACCCGCCCCCGAACAAGGGUAAGUCCCACGCGGAAGAAGACGAAAUCAAUAGCAUUGAAUCCGACGCCUCUUGUCUCACAAAAAUCACGUCUAAAAUUGACUCGUUCAUACGCCCAGCCAACGGAUCAUCGAGAUCAGUCCCACUGGAUCUUAUAUCCAAGCGGCGUCGACAAGACACUCCGGCAGGACGAGAGAAAAAGGUACUCAUUGCCGACGUCUAUGGCCUGAAUUUUUCUCGAUCGUGCAAUAUUCGCGGCUCUCAAUUCCAUUCCGCUUGCCUUUCAGUAGAUGGCGCUGACUGGUCGGGUGUGGUGAAUGACCACAGAGUGACGCGUAUCGUGAUUCACAGUGUGUGCAUCGUGAAGCGAGGUUCGUGUUCUAGCUUUCCAGCUCCUCGUUUCGUCUCGUUUACUAUUCAUCACCGUACUUACGUGCAAACGAGAUUGUCGAAGAUGUCUUCUCGCAAGACUGCCGGUCGCCGUGCUACCACGAAGAAACGCGCUCAGCGUGCGACAUCAAAUGUCUUCGCGAUGUUCGAUCAGGCGCAAAUCGCCGAGUUUAAAGAGGCUUUUAACAUGAUCGACCAAAAUCACGACGGAUUCAUUGACAAGGAGGAUUUGCACGACAUGCUGGCCUCUUUGGGCAAGAACCCCACUGAUGAAUACUUAGAGGCAAUGAUGAACGAAGCGCCUGGACCUAUUAAUUUCACAAUGUUCCUGACAUUGUUUGGAGAGAGACUACAAGGGACUGACCCUGAAGAUGUGAUCAAGAAUGCCUUCGGUUGUUUUGAUGAGGAAAAUACCGGUCAUAUAAAUGAAGAGCGCCUUCGCGAACUGCUCACGACAAUGGGCGAUAGAUUUACAGAUGACGAUGUGGACGAAAUGUACCGCGAGGCGCCAAUCAAGGGCUCUAUGUUCGACUAUCUGGAAUUCACUCGAAUUCUGAAACACGGCGCGAAAGACAAGGACGAGCAGUAGAGGGGAUUUAUCGAAAAAAAUUGAUCGCGUAUCCCGACACGAAAUUUUAGAUAAUAUUCGAAAUUUCUCGCAUGCCCCUCGCGCUUUUUUAUUCAGAGGAUGCUAGAUAUGCGAGUGAGUAUUGUCAGUAAUGGUCUUUUUCGAUUGAUAGACAAUUUUGAAUCUGCAUCGGAAAUUGUAGUUUCGCUCUUUUGGAAAUUUGCAUUUAUACUACUUGCAUUUAUACUUGUCGAACACGUAGCGAAAAAUUAGUUGAACUAUUAUGAAAUAUAUUUGGAAGCGCGAGAUGUGUAUGCGUCGUGUAGAAAAACUUUUUCAAAGUAUUCAAGCGUAACAACUUUUCGAAUGAUUACUGUACAGUCGGUAAAGGUUAAAUAUGUAAGAUAUUUAUAUGCAUAAAACAAACAUGUAACUCUGUUGUAGAUUCAGCAUUUAUAUUUUAAUAUAAUAUUCUAUUGCAUACGAAA